UGUUUCUAUUCCCAUAUCGUAAGAAGAUUCUUGGAAACAUAGAAAUGCCUCUUGAGCAAUUGUGUGCAAAGCCGAGUUGCUUCUUUUGCAUCAUGAAUGAGAAGUGUUCAUCGUCGAGGAAAGGUAAACUGAAAGAGUACCUCAAAGGUGUGCUGUAUCUCGACGAUGAAGAGCUAAUUUUAGUCAUCAGUGGUUUGUGGAACAUUGCUAUGACUCGACCGGACGAUGAAGAACUUCCGUUGCUCGGUGUCUUCGAAUGCCUAUCAAGUUUGAUGGACAAGGCCAUUCGUGACAGGGCUUGGCUUCUUUCAUGUCAAAACAUCUAUAUCCCUUACUAUGCUGCUCACAUCAUCGGCUCGUAUACAAUGAACAAAUCCAAGUUUGCCUCGAGGGCUGUCGAUUCGGGUGUUGUACCGUAUCUUUUGGAGCUCUUGAGAGGGAAGAUGAGUUGGGUGGAGCAAAGGGUUGCGGUUCGAGCUCUAGGCCAUUUGGCGAGCUAUGAAGAGACAUUUGAGGCGAUUGCGGCGUAUGAAGAUGAAUUGGUUAAAUUAGCAAUGCGCGCCGCGACCACGUGUUUUGAUGAGGUGUAUAGGAUGUUUGUGGGAGUGGAGAACCGGAGGGCGCGGCCAACAUAUCACUGUGAGUUGCUGACUAGAGGCGUCGGCGGGGUCCAGAUGGAGAAUCGAAAGGCGGAGGAAUGGGCCAGCCAGAUACAAUGCUGGAGCAUACAUCUUCUCAGCUGCUUUGCUGUAAAGGGAAGAUGCUUUAACCUCCUUUGUAAUCAAGAUUUCUUGGAGGAUUUGUCCGGGAUGUGGGGCGGGCUGAUGAACCAUUCGUCUCCUGCAGGAGCCGGGCUGAUUCGAAUCCUAUGUUACACUAAGGUUGGAAGGAUAAGCGUCGCGCGAUCCAACCAUGUUGUUGAAAACUUAUGCAAGCUGGCGCGAUCUUCGGAUGAUUGGCAGUAUGUAGGAAUCGAUUGUCUUUUAUUGAUGCUCAAGGAUCGGGUAACAAGAUAUAGCAUAAUCGAAGUUACUGCCCCAUACCUGGCUGAUCUGAUCGAGCUUGAGAGUCUUGGAAGUAGGAGAAAUGUUGGAGAAGAGAUCACAAGAGCACUUUUGUACGAGUAUUAUGAACAUCAAACCUCGAAAGUUAAGGAUGUUGAUGUCCGAAGAACACUUGAAGAAAUUUGGGAGUUUAAGGUAGAAAGAAGACGGAUGGAGAAAGUUAUGUCGGGCGAUGAAUUCGAAAGGAUAAGGACCAUUGCUAGACUGAUAAAGCAAGAGGGAAACUUCAGACUUUCGACAGGAGAGACAGAAAAUGCAGUUAUGAAGUAUACUGAAGCUUUACAAAUUUGUCCAUUAAGGUAUAGAAAUGAAAGGCUCAUCUUAUACAGCAAAAGAGCAAAGGGACACUUGCUGCUACUAAAUCCAGAUGCUGCAAUCAGAGACGCCACACGAGCUCUUUGCCUUACAGCCCCUCCAAAUGCUAAUCUUGCGAGCCUGUGGACGAGAUCGCAGGCCUACGACAUGAAAGGAAUGGCUAAAGAGAGCUUGAUGGACUGCAUAAUGUUCAUCAGUGCCUGCAUCAAAUCUAAGGCUUCGCCUCAUGGCGUAAAGCUGCCAUACUACGCGGUUCGAAUGAUCAACAAACAGAUGAACGCGACAUGGAUCUUUAGAGAUGCUCAGCUAAAAGCAAUGAAGAAUGAUCAUCAUGAGGACCCUAAAGAAGCAGAUGACUACUGCAGAAGUAUAAGCACUAAUCAGAAUUCGAGGGAUCGAGAAACAUUUAGAAUUCAAGUGCAAAGCAAGAGCUAUAUAUCAGGCCUGUCGACCAUUCUAGAAGAACCUUUUGCAGACAUAAAUGGCAGUGUGAGGAAAAGGCUGGAAAGGGAUAAUGGAAGAUAGGAAUAAAUAUGGACAGUACAAU